AUGCCCAAGCCAGACCGCAGCCUACGCCACUUUUUUCGCAAGCGCGGCAAUGAGUUUCGGCCUUGGCAGCCACGUGGUCUGUGCCGCGAAGACGAGAGCGUACCUGUGCUCGACGCUCGCGCUCGCACGACGCCGAACAAGGUCGUCUACACAUUCCUCGACGACCGUGGCCGCGAGUCCGUCAAGCUCACUUUUGGCGAUCUUGACCGCGUGGUGGUCGUGUACAUUGGCGGGACGGUCGAGACGGUGCGUCUCUCGAUGCGGCUGAGCGACGAAGAGAAGAUCAACGUCAAGCCGAUCGUGCACCCGGCCGUCGAGGAGGGCAAGUGCCGACUGCGCUUCUUCAUCUCGUACUUGCACACCGAAGCCGACCUCAUUCGCACCGUGCAGGGCGCUGAGUCUGCUGUCGUCGAGGCCACGGUCGUCGAAGAAGUUGAAGAAGUUGAAGAAGUUGAAGAAGUUGAAGAAGUUGAUGCAUAA